AUGAUCAGCUUCGUCUCUAAGCGUGAAUCACUCAUGGGUCUAGAGAAGCACGCCAUCCUCGGCGACUCCUGCAGCCAGGCCUGCGCCGCAGUGGCCGAUGCCGCACGCCUGUUCAAGGUUCUCAUGGUCUCCCCUGGCUGUGACUCCCCGAGCUUGAGCGACCGAGCGCGAUACCCGUACUUCACUCGGAUGACACCCUCGGACCGAUUCAAGGUCACCGCCAUCUAUGAGGUUAUGAAGCUAUUCUCCUUCCACCGCGUUGGCGUGAUGGAUGGGCCUUUCUACACAGCCGGCGCAAAGGCCUUCUUCCUCGAGCUCCUACAGCGGGACCUCGACGCGGGGAGCUACGACUGGACGGUUCUUUUCGAUCACACGGUCAACACCUUCGAGGAUGCGGUCAGCGCGGCAGAUGAGGUCAAGAUGCGCGACUCGCGCAUUAACUUGAUGGUGCUCCCGGAGUACAUCGGCAUGUGGGUCCUGUGCCAGUUCUACCUGCGCGAGAUGCUCCCGCCGGACUACGUUUGGUUUGUGGCCGCUUUCGGCAACUGGGUCAAUGGAGUGACAGCUGUGGUCGCUGGCACACCCGAGUGCCCCUGUACGGCUUCACAGCUGGCCAGGGUCUCUGGCGGCCUGAUGAUCAGUGGCCGGUCGCCGAUCCAGAGUACGAACGAUGUUCACGGGCUGUCUGGAUCAAGGUUGGCCGACGUCUCCAACUACUACAACAGUGCAUGCCAGCAGUUUGGCAACGGACAAGGCGCAUGCGACGUAGUAUGGACUGGGUAUUUCUAUGAUGGCCUCUGGCAUCUCGUGGCGUUGUUGCACACAUAUCUCAUCCAGCAGAACCACUCUGUGGCGGAUUUGGGGACGGCGUCUUCACGCUCAGCCUUGUACGAGCUGUCUCUGCAGCAGGACUACAUCGGCUUGACGGGCCGGGUGCGCCAGUUCAACAGCAUCGAGCCGACGACCAUCCCUUCUUCGCACGGAGACCGAGAUGGCGUGCAGCUCAUUCGGCAGAUCACUGGCGGCACAGGGAAUGAGUUCAGCGAUCUCGCCUACCGCACCGGUGAUGGAGUCUGGUGGCUGCAAGACUUGCAGUGGAGCCCUUUCGACAAUGGCAAGGUUGUGCCAUGUAGCAGUGGCACGUGCUUGUUUGGUGACGCUUUCGUACCACCGGACCGCAUUAGCCAAUGCCACGCCGGGAGCGUAUUCUCGGUGCGGAUGGGUUGCGUGGACUGUGACGUGGGCAAGUAUGCAGCAGCAGGCAUGGCUGCCUGUGAGCCAUGCGAUGUGGGCACCUUCACGAACCAGACGGGUCGCGCGAGCUGCCAUCCUUGCAGCACCGGGACCUUCAACAACGUGCUUGGAGCCGAAGGCUGCGAUGAGUGUGGGCAAGGGUUCUAUGCAAACGAGACCGAGUCCACAUCUUGCACGAAGUGCCCCAUCGGCCAGUACGGGCCACAGAAGGGUCUGGCAAGAUGUGCAGAUUGCCCACCGGGAAGGACGACAGGAUUUUCUGGCGCUGUGGACGAAGAGGCAUGCCAGUGCCAGGGUGAGUUGUACCAAGGACAGUGCGUUGUCUGCUCCUUCGUCGACCGCUACGAAGCAGGUCAAUGCCUUCAAUGUGCCGAAGGCUUGGAUUGCGAUGGAAGCAGCGCGGCAACGGUGCAGCCUGGGUACUACACAGAUCCCAGUGCCCCCUUUGACGUCUACAAAUGUCUUCCGCAGGAGUUCUGUCCUGGCGGUUUGCCAGGGGCAUGCGCCGGUGGGAGGGAAGGUGUACCAUGCACCCAGUGUCCAGAGGGCACGGCCUGGGGCACCGGGGCAUGUGAGUCUUGCACGUCGCUCAACUUGGCCGGAUGGCUCACUGCCGGCGUGGCGGGCAUGUUAACCAUACCCGUACUCUAUUACAUGAUGAACUUGAAGCAGACGGCCAAAGCCACCACCAUGUUGGCUACUUCCUGUGCCCUGGCCAUGACCAUCAGCAUGCUUCAGAACGUGGGGAUCGUCGGCUACAUCUCCUUCUCUUGGCCUCCAGAGCUGCAGUGGAUGUUUGACUUGAUGAGCUUCUUCACCUUGGACUUGCAAGCGGUGGGCUUCGACUGCGUCGCCCUGUCCCCGAUGAUGUGCUACACGCACCCAAACGGCAAGAGCGGCAUGCUGGAGCACAAUGGCAUCUUCUGCUUCGAGAGUGCCGAGCACACACCCAUGUUCUUAGCGGGGCUGGCCCUCCUCUGUGGCAUGGUGGGCUUCUACGCCUUGGCGAUUUGGGCAACCAUUGUGGCCCCAUCGAAGGCUGCGUCGGGCAACACUUGGUUUCUUGCGGCCACGAAGUUCUUGCUCUUCCGGUUCCGCAGUGACUACUGGUGGUUUGGCACCUUCAUGCUGCCCCGCGGUCUCAUGCUCUCUCUCUCCAUCGUUGCUGCCGGUGACAGCCCUUACGUGCAGAUGUUGCUGAUCGUGUCUGUGAUGCUGGGCUACAUGAUCGUACAGCUGAUGACGUGGCCUUGGAAGCUUCCCGCUCUCAACGCGUUUGAUGCAACCAUCAGCACAGCCCUCAUCAUGAUGAUGGCCAUCCUGGGAGCCUUCGCACCGGACCUCAGUUCGGGCAUCCAGCAGAGGCUGACCAGUGCAGUGCUGGGCAUUGUCCUGUUUCUGAACUUGAUCGUCUUCCUCAUGCUCUGUGUCACUGUCGCCAGCCUCGUUCGUAUCCAGGCCAUGGGUGGCUCCGAAGAGAGCGUGCUCUUGGCCUUAGGAAAAAUCCCGAAGCCUGCAACCCUCAGCGAGAAGCUGCACCUCCUCUGCCGGCGCAUUGAGGAGCUGGGUGAACACAACCUGGCCAAGGUUCUGAAGAACUUGUCCAUCUACGACUUGCGCAUGGCGGCGCAGAUCGUCACUGCUAUCGGAUCCGAGGUGGGCGAGAAACGUCUCGUGUUGUCGCGGCGCUCGCAGCUGAUGUCUACGAACUCCUUCCCAGAUCUGCAGGCCAUCCAAAAGCUUGCCACCGAGAUGGAGUCAGUCGAGGGCUCUGAUGCCCACCACCAAAUGUCCGAGAAGCGGUCCUUGCCGCGAAGCGUCGAGAGCGACGUCCCGGCACCCAUCGUUGAAGAAUCGGGGAAUCCUCUGGCGCAAGAGACGAAGUCUGCAUUUCUGUGA